AUGGCGGAGGAGGAAAAGACUUCCACUCCCAGCAAGCCCUCGGCUGCGCCGAAUGCGCCAAACAGCCCUCGCGCUGAAUCACCAACUACUGCACGCCCCCUUGAUUUUGACGACGAGCCACAGGAGUCCGGUGCCAUCGCUCACACCGCUGCCGCAACAUCGACCCCGCAGACCGACUCUGAAGCCCCUCCGGCUGCCCCGCCAAAGCCCCCUCGGCCACUCAGCCCAAGGGAACAGUCCGAAAACACUCUCAGAGAAGCGUUUCCCACCGUGGAACCUUCAGUCAUCAAAGCUAUUCUUAAUGCGAGCAAUUGGAAUGUCGAGCGGGCAUUCAACGCUCUGCUUGGAAUGACCGAUCCUACUGCCCAGGAAGAUAUGGUACCUCCCCCCAAGCCUCCUCGCCCUUCUCAGCAGCCUACCUCCACCACCCGGACUCAAUUAGAAGCCGACGAACUGUAUGCGCGCCAGCUCGCGGAGCACUACAAUUCGGGAGGGCGUCGAGCUCCUGCUCCGGGAUGGGAGAAUGAUCCUCGAUAUCGCCGUCCACGAGGAAGCGAGGAGUCGGAAGAGAGGGAGAAGGAAUAUGACUUUUUUAAUGAUGACCUACCAGUUAUUCGUGAGAACUUACGGAAGGGGUUCCUGGAAACCCAAUCAAAGGUCAACUCCUGGGUCACCAGCCUCAAGAAGAAAUUGGAUGGAGAGGAGGAAGAUGAGGGACAGUCCACUCAGCAGUAUGAACAACGGACUUCGGCAUUUGGGCGCCCAAGGCCUAGCGGUGAACUCGGUCGCCGCAGUGGUGACCGUGAGCGUUAUGAUGCGGACCCUCAGGUGCUUGGGGAUGACUUCUCUGCGCUCGAGUUGAGGGAUUCCGAAGCUCCUCCAGCCCGUCCGCCCCGUCCCAUGGCAAACUCCAACUUGAAGAACCCUUCUUCCCCGUCCCCCGAUCGACGCAAAGUAUCCUUCCAGGAUGGCCCGCCCACCGAGAUUGACAAUUUGUAUGAUUCGUCCACCCCUGCCAAGCGCACCGUGCAAACGAGCGGCAAGUCCAGCAAGUGGCAGCCUUUGUCGACUGUUGAGCCUUCGCCAGUGGCUGAGACCGACCCCUUCAGCCUUGGUGACAGUGAUGACGAGAGAGAUACCAAACCCAAAGAGCAGACCACUGUGUCGGAAACUGAGCAACUGAAGAAGGCUACGGCGGAGGCGAUGUCUGGUGAAAUGGGCUCCAAGGAUGACAAGAAGUCCGAGGAUGUGUCCAAAUAA